GGAAGAGGGGCAGGGGGAUCAUUUAGAGGGGGAUCGUUUAGAGGUGGAUCAUUUAGAGGUGGAAGGACAACAGGAGCUCCUCGUAGAGCGCCACUUGGCGUGAAUGCUCGGCCAUCAGCCCACACAAUUGCCAAGGCAAGCUUAAAACUAUUGGAAAUCUUAUGAUUUCAUAGACACAUCUGAUAUGCUUUAUGAACCCAACUGAAGGUUCUCUGCUUUUGUUUAGUUGACAUACAAGAGACUCUUGAUUUUUUUGGUUCCAAGGAGAAGUCCACUUCGGUUCAGCCAUAAUAAGCUGUUCAACUGUAGUGCAAUUGUUGAUGAUCUUUGAACUUUCUUCUUACUCGAGGAUUUCUGAUAUAAGUGGGAGAUUCAGGUGGCCCUGGUCAGGCAAAUCACUUCCUUGUAGCAUGCUGUCUUUGCGAGAUUCAUUAACUGAAAAUUUGAGAGCCGUUUCACCAUUUAAACACCCCUAAAUGUCUAGAGGGUCGAGUUUUGUUCACCAUCUAUAAUCCUUAUUGUCUGGUAGCCAUCUCAGUUAAGUCAUAAUAAGUUGUUCAACUGUAGUGCAAUUGUUGAUGAUAUUUCAACUUACUCCUUACUCGAAGGUUUCUGAUGGAUUUUGAUAUAAGUGGGAGAUUCAGGUGGUCCUGUUCAGGCAACUGAAAAUUUAAGAGCCUUUUCAACAUUUUAAUGCCCCUAAAUGUCUUAAGAGGGUUGAACUUUCUUAACCAUCUAUAAUCUUUAUUGUCUAGUAGCCAGCGCUCUAGUUUCUCUCAUUACUGGUUUAAAGAGGGAGUUUGCGGCUGUCCUAAUGAAUUCUACUUGCAUUUUGUGGAACUACCAAGGGACAAGAUCUUCUGUUACCAUCUCAUUUCAAGGCGUUUUUUGCAAAGUUGGCUUCAUUUGAACAUCAGAACUGGAGCUCUUACCUUUUUGCUUAACCACCUGAUGUGCAGUGGGUUAAAUCCUUUAACUCCCAUCUACACUUAAUUCUUCAUUGUUGACUUCUCUUUUGCUAUUAGAGUGCAUUUUUUGAGCAAUCCAACUUAACUGGAAACUACCGCUAGUGCUAUGGAACUUUGAUGAAUUGAUCUACUGUCGAAGAAUGUCUUUCCGCAGAACCAAGAAUUUGCCAUGGCAGAAUGGUUUGUUUGAAGAUAGCCUUAGAGCUGCAGGAUUAUCAUCAGUGUUGGAGAGUGGCACAAAAGUAUAUGUCUUCAAUUUGGACAUUGGAGUGACUAAUGAAGAUAUAAGGGAGCUCUUUUCCGAGAUUGGAGAACUAGUACGAUAUGCAAUCCACUAUGACAAAAAUGGAUGUCCAAUUGGAGCUGCUGAGGUGGUCUUCGCCAGAAGAAGUGAUGCAUUCCAAGCUCUUAAAAGAUAUAACAAUGUGCAAUUGGAUGGGAAGCCUAUGAAGAUUGAAGUAGUUGGUUCCAACCCAGAAAUUCCUAUGUCAGCUCAUGUAAAUGUAGUUGGAGGAACCAACCGGAGGAGGACUGUUGUCAUGGCGCCGGGCGGCCCAGCUCGUGGAAGAGGAGGCACUACAUCUUUUACUGGUCGGGGUUUUAGUCAAAGGGGCCGUGGUGGUUUCAGGAAUGCACCUGGGCGUGGUCGGGGUGGCGGUGGCGGUCGUGGUCGAGGUCGGGGCCGCGGUGGUAGGGGAAGUAACAGGGGUGUUGAGAAGUCAGCUGAGGAUCUUGACAAGGAGCUAGAUAGCUACUACCAUGCCAAAGGUGAACCCAUGCAAUCUUAGUUGUGUAACUGCUAAACUUGCGACUUAACUAGAAGAGCUGUUCAGUGCUGCUGAGUGCUACUAUGUUUUCCGGUUGUAGUUUCUUACCGUUUAUGAUUGUAUGGAUGAUGCCUAUUAAUACUCUAAUGAAUGAAUGGAAAAUAGAGUGGUUGUUCAUGUU